UUACACUUGGCACAAUGCAGUCAGGCAAGUACCAUUCUCCUGGCAACUGCCAAACCCAGACACGUCCAUCGGAUUGGCAGACAGAGAAGCGUGAUUCAUCACUCCAGAGAACACGUUUCCACUGUUCUCGAGUCCAGUGGUGGCCGGCUGAGUUGCUGUUGUUCCCAGUUGCUUCCACUUUGUUAUAAUACCACUAACAGUUGACCGUGGAAUAUUUAGUAGCAAGGAAAUUUCACUGAUGGACUUAUUGCACAGGUGGCAACCUAUCACGGUACCACACUUGAAUUAACUGAGCUCCUGAGAGUGACCCAUUCUUUCGCAAAUGUUUGUAGAAGCAGUCUGAAUGUCUAG